GCUAAGCACCGGACACAGACAAAUCAUAGUAUAACCUUAAUUAGCUUGUGCGCACUACACAAGCCACGUAUAUACUGUACCUCUCUAGAUGGAGUCGCAGCGAGAUGAUGUGGCGAUGAGGUGGUGCGUGGUGACCGGCGGCCGGGGGUUCAUGGCGAGGCACCUGGUGGCCGCGUUGCUCCGCUCCGGCGAGUGGCGCGUGCGGGUCACCGACCUCGCCCCCACCAUCGUGCUUGGCCCCGGCGAGAAUGAGGGCCUCCUCGGUGAUGCCCUGCGUGAUGGCCGUGCCGUCUAUGCCUCGGUUGAUGUUUGCAACUUGGAUCAAGUUAUCAAAGCUUUUGAUGGGGUAGAUGUUGUAUUCCACACUGUUGCUGCAGAUCCUAGCAAGAACAACUUGCAACUUCAUUACAAGGUCAACGUGGAGGGUACAAAGAGCGUAAUUGAUGCAUGUAAGAUCUGCAAGGUGAAAAGGCUUAUACACACCAGUUCUAGUGCUGUUGUGUUCGACGGAGUUCAUGAACUUUUGAACGUGAAUGAAUCAUUGCCAUACCCAGAUAAGUUUCCCGAUGCAUAUGCACAAACAAAGGCAGAAGCAGAGAAGUUAGUUAUGAAGGCCAAUGGAACCAAUGACCUUCUAACAUGUUGCAUACGUCCUAGUAGCAUUUUUGGGCCUGGUGAUUUGAUUUUACCAACUCUGGAUCGAUAUGGACGAACACAAUUUACUAUUGGCGAUGGGAAGAAUUAUGAUGAUUUCGUAUAUGUUGAAAAUGUGGUACAUUCUCAUAUAUGUGCUGAAAGGAUUCUUUCUACCGUGGAGGGUGCAAAACGAAGUGGAGGGAAAGCCUACUUUAUAACUAAUAUGGAGCCAAUGAAUAUGUGGGACUUCAUACACAUGGUUCAGGGAGAACUUGGACACAAAAGAUUAUUCAAGAUGAGACUACCAGUGCUUAUCAUCAAGCCCAUAAGCUAUUUGGUAGAGUGGGGGUGUAAGGUUCUCAGCUAUGGAAUGUUUCAGCCUCAGAUUCUUACACCAGCAAGGAUUAAAUAUGUGACACUCAAUAGAACAUUUAGUUGUAACAAAGCUAUUGAAGAACUAGGCUACAAACCUACUGUGACGAUCAUGGAUGGUCUAAGGACAACAGUCAAAUCAUACAUUCAAUUGCAAAAUAAAGAUUUUUCUUAGAAAGAGGAAAAGGUUUUCAUGCAUGGAUUCGGCGACGACAUGGUGUGUUUAUUGUUGCAUAUAUAGAAUUGCACUUCCGGAGUGAUGAUACGAGUCAAAGUUAUAUUGAUGAUGUCUCCAUAUAUAAAAUAUUAAUCUCAUAAAUCUCUUGAGGUAUGCAGAGAUACAAUAUGAUUAUUGUAAUUUUUGUAAGGAUCACUCCGUAACAAUCAGUCAUGUACUUAAGUUAUGCUACCUACAAUAAAAAAUAUACAUUAUAUUUGUAAUAUUUCUAUAACAUUUUGGCUAAAAUAUAUAAAAAGUAACAUCAAUUCAACUUU